CAUUUUCGUUCUGUACUGAUCGAUUCCACGCACGUUAUAAUCUCUUCGGAGCUUCUCUUCGCUAUUGCCUUACUCCGUUCUCCGGCGAUCUCCCGAACCCUCCGUCCCAAAAUGAACGACGGUGAUGUCUCGAGGCAGAUCCAGCAGAUGGUGCGGUUCAUCCGCCAGGAGGCAGAGGAAAAGGCCAACGAGAUCUCCGUCUCCGCAGAAGAGGAAUUUAACAUUGAGAAGCUGCAACUAGUUGAGGCUGAAAAGAGGAAGAUUAGACAAGAAUAUGAACGUAAACAGAAGCAAGUUGAAAUUCGAAAAAAAAUUGAGUAUUCAAUGCAGCUUAAUGCUUCUCGUAUUAAAGUUCUUCAAGCUCAAGAUAAUCUGGUCAAUUCAAUGAAGGAGGCUGCUGCAAAGGAGCUUUUGAAUGUUGCCCACCAUCAUCAUACAUAUAGACAUCUUUUGAGAGAUUUGAUUGUUCAGGGUUUGCUUCGACUGAAGGAGCCAGCUGUAUUGCUGCGCUGUCGAGAGGAGGAUCUUGAGCUUGUGAAUGGUGCUGUGCACAUUGCAAAGCAGGAAUAUGCAGAAAAAGCUGGUGUCCAUACUCCCGAAAUCAUUAUUGAUAAUCAUGUGUAUCUGCCAUCUUCUCACGGUUAUCAUGUUGCACAUGGACAAUUUUGCUCUGGCGGAGUUGUGCUGGCAUCUCGAGAUGGGAAGAUAGUAUGUGAGAAUACACUUGAUGCAAGACUUGAGGUCGUCUUCCGGAAGAAGCUUCCAGAGAUCAGGAGGCUCCUCUUCAGCCAGGUUGCUGCUUGACUGCUCAUGGUUCCAAGCCCUCUUUUGGUGUCUAUUUGAUGUAUUGCCACUACUAAGAUUAUAUUCUACAGUGUGCCAUUUAUUUGUUCAAAUACAAUAAUGAUCUCAACUUUAUUACUAUCUGAAACGCUGUUUUCACUCGUUUGAAUCCCCUCGUGAUUCUCUAAACUUUCUUGUAGUCUUCAUCUUGACAGAAAGAGAGAAUUGUCAAGUUGUUUCUUUCUUUU